UUAGGUCCACCUCUAAUAACCCUCCCGAGCGCCGCACGUGUUGACAUUUAGUUUUUUGUUGCAUCGCAUAUAAAUUGCCUUCGAAAUGGCCAAAACGAAGGACAAGUCCGGAAAAGUGGCCAAGAAGGCGGCGGGAAAGGGAGCGGGCCAGGUCGCAAAGGAAACCGCGACCGAUCCAGAGAGCGGAAUCUGGCGGGAUGCACGUUUCCAGCAUCUGCUGGCCGAUCCACGGUUCCGUGGUGUUCCCAAGGUGCAGCGCAAAGUGAAGAUCGACAAGCGCUUCCAGGGCAUGUUCACGGACGACAAGUUCAAGGUGAAGUAUACUGUGGACAAGUACGGCCGCCCGGUGAACAAGAGCAAUGCCGAGGACCUGAGGAAGUUCUACGAACUGGACGAGAAUGAAAGCGACAGCGAUGAGGAGCAGGCAAAAGAGGUGGCCAAAACGGAGGAUGCUGACUCUGAUGUGGAGGCGGAGCAGCAGGAACAGCGGGCCGAGGAGCUGGCCAUCGCCAACUUGGAGGAGCAGGGCAACGAUGAUCUGGACAGCGAUGGUCUUGAUGUGCCCCAAAACCUGCGCGAGCGACUGACCAACCCGGACGUAGACUACGCCCGCGGAGAAGGCCGCCUGCUCACAGACUCCUCCUCCGAGGAGGACAGUGAGGGCGAGGACGGUGAGCAGGAGGGGCCGGAACUGCAGAUAGACCACGUGUGGGGUGAACUGGACAACGAUGCCGGCAGCACCGAGGAGAGCUCCCGCCGCCUGGCUGUCUGCAACAUGGACUGGGACCGCAUACGAGCCGAGGACUUGAUGGUCAUGCUGAGCUCCUUCCUGCCGCCCGGCGGCAGCAUCCUCAGCGUGAAGAUCUACCCCUCGGAGUUCGGCAAGGCACGCAUGGCCGAGGAGGAGGUCCACGGCCCCAAGGAGCUGGUGGAGCGGAAAGAGAUGGAGCCGGAGGACGACCCCGACGCUGACGAAGAGCUGGUCCGCCAGCAGGACAGCGAUGCGGAGGAAGGCGAGGACUACCACAUGGAGAAGCUGCGCCAGUACCAGCUGAAUCGCCUGCGCUACUACUACGCCGUUGUAGAGUGCGACACCAUAUCCACGGCCGACAAAGUGUACCAGGAGUGCGACGGCAUCGAGUACGAGAGUUCAGCCACCCGCGUGGACCUGCGCUUCAUCCCAGACGACACCUCGUUCGAGGAGGACACGCCCUCGGACGAAUGCCACGAGCUGCCGGACGCCAGCAGCUAUAAGCCGCGACAGUUCACCACCACGGCGCUGCAGCAGGCCAAGGUGGAUCUUACCUGGGACGAAACGGCGCUGGACAGGCGAGAGCUGGGCGACAAGCUCUCCAGCGGUCAGGUGGACAAGCUCACGGACAAGGAGUUGCGCCAGAUAGUGGCCUACAGCAGUGAGGAGGACUCCGAGGAGGACCAGCCUCCGGCAGAGCAGCCAGCUCAACGGGAGUUGGAGCUGCAAGAAGAGUCGAAGAAGGAGAAGCCCAAGAAGCUCUCGAAGCAGGAACGCAUUGCCACCUACAAGAACCUGCUGGCCGACAUCCUGGAGCAGGAAAAGCAGGCCAAGGAGCAAAAAUACGAAAUGGAAAUGACCUGGAACGUGGAACCGCAGCAGGAAGAUGAGCAGCAAGUGCCGGAAACCCAGGCCGACCUAACGCCCAUCGAGAAGGUUUUGCAGAAGCGCAACGAGAAGAACAGGCAGCGCAAGGAGCAGCGUCGCCAGCGUCAGAUCGAGGCCAGAGGUGGAGAUGCCGACGACGACAGUGAUGCCUCCAUGGUGCCCGAUGGCAUUGAUCUUAACGACGCCUACUUCGCCGAGGAGUUCGCCCAUGGGGACUAUGCUCCGCCCAAGACGAAGCAGGACAAGAAGAAAAAGCAAAAGCGGGGAAAGGCCAAUGACGAGGAGAACGCCGAGGCGCAGCAGCAGGAGAAGGAGUUGGAACUCCUGCUUAACGAUGGCGAAGGACGCGACGAAAAGCAACACUUCAGCUUGUCCAAGAUCCUAAAGGAGGAGCAGGCGUUGGGAGGUUCGAAGCGAAAGCGGCGUCAGCAGUUGAAGAAAUCAAAGAACAAGCCGCAGGAGUCCGAAAAGCCGGACGACGACUUCCAGGUGGACCUGAACGAUACGCGGUUUGGGGCCGUCUACAAGUCACACGAGUUCAACAUCGAUCCCACCCACUCUCACUACAAGGCCACGAAGGGCAUGCAGCAGAUCAUUGGCGAGAAGCUGAAGCGCAGGCAGGAGCAAGUCGAGGGCGGCGUCCGCGGGGAUGAGACGGUGGCCCCCAAGCGAAGCAAGCAGCAGCUGGAGCAGAACGCCCUUGUCAAGAGCCUUAAGCGAAAGAUUCAGCAGCAGCGGGGUCAGAAGCAUUAGUGUUCUAUAGGUUUAAGACCAUAAAUUAUUAAAAGAUAAGUUUAUAACGAAUUGCUGCGGCUCAUUUGGUUAGAGCGAAGACAAAAGGAUCCUACAGCAGAUGCUUGAAGCCUGAAGGUUGGUCAUCACACACCAAUGUUAUUGCUUACUCUAUAAUUUUCUAAAGUUAAGAAACCCUUUAGUAGAAACAUAAACACCCACAAAUCACA